AUGAAACAAUUUAAUUCAUUUUUGAAAUUACUUCACAUCCAGUGGGAAUAAAUAUGCAGUGAUGAUAUUUCAAGUUUAAUUAGAGACAAACUAAAAUAAACUCUAUAAAAUCAAUCUAUUCUAGAAACAAAGUUCCUUUCGUUAUCUAAAACAAAGACUGAAAAUCAAUAAGAAUAUAAAAGUUUUUUCACUGAAGAGAAAGAAUCUCCUUUCUUUUCAACGUACUUACUCAUAUGUACUAUAAUAAAAGAUUAUUAUUCAUAAACUGAUAAUAUGUUAAGUGAAUUAACACCCAAAAUACAAACUUCUUGUUUAUAAUAAUAAUAAAUUACUAUCGAUAGUAUUAUUGAUUGUAUGCAUCAUCUACUCCAAGAGUAUGAAAAAUUAACAGAAAUAAAUACAAUUGUUAAAUAAAUCCUUUUUGAAGUAUUUUAUUAGAUUGGAGGAAAUAUUACAAUAUAUUUAAAGAAUAUGAUGCUUAAUAACGAUUAGUAAAUACAAUCAUAAAAAUACAUCAUAGCCUUUUUUAAUUUAUAAAAGCUCUUGAAAUUGAACAUUUCUUUAAAUUUCAGCGAUAAACAAAAGAUACUUACUUUUAUUUAUUAAAUGUUAUUAGGAAACGUUCUAUAUUUUGCUUAUUUAAAAGUUAUAUGUUACUAAGAUUUCAUAGAGAUUUUUAAGUUAUUUUAAUAAUGUUUUCUAUAAAACUUUAAAUAGCUACAAGAAUUAAGUGAUAUUGAACAAUUUUAAGAAAAAACUUUUUUGUAAGUUUAUUUCUAGUUUUUAAAAUAGAAUUAUAAAUAAACUUAAUAUCAAUAACAUAUAGAUUUAAUAAUAUAAAAAUGGAUUGAAGAAAUUACAGAAUUUAAUGAUAUACAUUAUUACUUAAUUUUCAGUUAUUUAAUUUUAGUAUCUGAGUUUCCAGAUAUAAUUUAAUUCCAUCCAGAAAUUAUUAAUAAAAGAAAUCAAUAAAUUGUAAUUCUUAUUAAAUAAAAGAAUUAAAGAGUUUUUGGUCAUUUAUUGAAUUUGUUAUUGAUUAAUCCAAAAUUAUGCUGUUAUUAAUAAAUUUUUGAUGAGAUUAUUAAAAAUUAAAAUAAUGAAACAAAAUUAAAUUAUUAUAAAUUAGUAGGAGAAUAACUUUUAUAUAUUAACAAUACUCAUUUAUUAAAUAAAUACCUAUCCAUUCACAUUCAUGAAUUAUAAGAAUUUGUGAAGGACAAUAAUCUAAAUACUCAACAAUUAUUAUAGUUUAUAACAUAUUUAUGUAGAUAUUAUUCAGAGUUUAAUGAAGAAUAAAGGAUACAAUUUGAUUCUUCAAUUAUUCAAUUUUAUACAUAAGAAAUUAAAGAUUAACAAUAUUAUAAAAAGUUUGAUCAAAAACUAUUAUAGUUCAUUGAAAAUGAAUAAAUAUAUUAAUAAAUAAUCGAUAUUGCAAUUAAAAAUUCAUCUAAAAUGGAAUAAAAUAAAUAUGGUUUUAUGCUUUUCAUUUAAGAGGUAUAUAUAUAUCUUAUUAUUUUAGUCAAUCUUAUAAAAUUAAGAAAGUUUGGAACAGAUUUUAAAAUAUAUUUAGAUCUUAAUGGUAUCUUGUAGAAGAAAUAAAAAAGCUUAGAAUAAAAAAAAAAUAAAUUAUAAAAGAGGAAAAGGAACAAAAAUCCUAGAUUAUUUAUUAAUAAAUCUGAGAAAUUUUAUAACAAUAGUUAAGACUAUUUAUGAACUUAUGAUCAAUGAAAAUCGUAAUAUGACUAUUAUUAAAUCACAAUUAUAUGUUGAAAUCUAUCAUAAAAUCAAUUAUAUAAUUUACAUGAUAUUUUGGUUGAUUGAAGAUAAAGAAAUUAUGAAUUCAGGAAGUAUUUAAUAAAAUAGUUUAGAAUUAUGUUAAAUUCAUUAUAAAUUCACUCUAAACUUGAUUUAUAUUCUUGAUAAAGUUAAUAAUCUUUAAUCAAAUACUCUUUAUGAAAUAAUAAAUAAUAUAAAUACAAUUGCCCAUGGAUAUGAUUAUAUUAAUUCUAUAAGAGAUGUAUAUUUUGAUAAGAAUGAAAAUCUAAUAAAUAAUUAAGAUUUAUUUGAAUAAUUAUCAGAAAAACAAAUUUAAUUGAAAUUAGUUUUUAACAAAUUCUAUGAAACAAGUUUGAGUAUCUUAUUUGAAGUGCCAAAUAUACCAAUUGAUAGAAAAUUUUAUUUGCAAAUAUUAAAAUUUUAAUUAAUUACACAAAUUUCACUUGUGCUUUCAUUUACAGAUUUCUGUCAUAAAUUUAUUUUCUAUUUCAGAUUAGAAAGAGAUCCAGAGAUAAUAAAUAUAAUGCAGUAAUGUGUUACAAUUGUUUUAACCUUAAAUUAAGAACCACAAAUAAUAAAAUAGCUUUUUGAAACUCUCAGCUAUCAUCAAUCUACAAUAUUAAUGAAUGAUCUAGAUGAACUGCAACUAGAUGUCAAUGAUUAAGAACAAAUUUAAUAAGCUUAUAGAUUAGCAAAUUUACCAAAUUAUCGAAUACCUUUGUUAUAACAAAGCAAUAUUUUAUUGAAAUUAGUUGAUGAUAAAAAUUAUUAUAUAAAAGUUGUCAAAAUAAUUCUAGAGAUAUUCUUAAAAACUUAUUAAUAAUGGCAAUAAAUGUUGUAUUCCCUUCAAAAUUAAUCAAAUCUAUUGUAUUUUUAGGGAGGAUCAUCAUCAAUUUAGAUCAACUUUAAUUUUAUACCAGUUUAAUUAAUUGAAGUAAAAAUGAAAAUGAGACUAGUCAUGUAAGAGAAUGAAAGAUAAAGUCUUAAAUAUUUAGAUAGAAUGAGUUUUGGAUCAUUUUUAGUUAAUUCUCAAUAUUUAGGUAAACUAAUAAUAUUUAGUUUGUUUUUUACAAAAAACUAAGAAAUUCAAAUUGUAAUUAAUAAAUCAAAGUUUUUUAUAAUUUAUAAAUCAGAUGAAUUUUUUGAGGAAUUAGAAUUUUAAUCACAAUUAGAUUUAACUUAAUGGUUCAAUUUAAAUUUUUAUAUUAAAUACAAUUAUGAAAUGAUUCUUGAAAUUAAUGAAAAUAAAUUUAAUUUUUAACUGAAAUAUUUAUAAAAUCAGAAACUUAAUUUUUAUCAAUUUGUUUUAGGAAUUAACUUAAAUUUUGAUAUUUAGUAAUCAAAAACAUCUAAUAAAAAAUAAAAAUUUUAAACUCAAUUUAUUGAUUCAUUCAUUACUUUGAAUUAAUCUUUUGAUGGAUAAAUAUCUGAAUUUAAUAUAGUAAUAAAUGAAUAAAAAUUAAAAUUUGAAUAAUCUAUUAAUACCAAUUACUAAAAAUAAGCAAUAAACUUUAUUAAUUAAGGAGUCAUAAUUGAAGAGGAAAUAGAAUUUGAUGAUAUAUUUUUAAUUAAACCUUGUACCUAAAUUCAACCAACUAUGUGCAGUUAAAAUGUUUAUAUUUUGGAUAUGAAAAAAGGGCUGGAUUAUAUCUCAAAAUCUGGAGGUUACAGUAUAUGAAAGUACAAAUUCAAAUGAUUCUGAAGAAAUAAUUAUUUUGAUAUUAAAAUUAUUUGAGGAAGACAUUUAAAGAUCAGUUUUUUAGAUGUCUCGAUUUGUUGAUUCGAAAAAUCUAUAAAUAUUAGAAGAACAUUGUAAAUAAGGAAUAAAUAUUAAUUAAUAAAAUUCAAAUAUAUUUAUUGCUUAAUUACUUUCAAUAUAUAAUAAAAUAGUAGAUGAGGAUGCUGCAAUUUAAUAUAUCAUUACUGUUAUAAAAAUAUUAGAUAAUAAGAUUACUACUGUUGAUUAAAUAUAGAUCAUAUUUUAAAAGAUAAAAAUGACUAAUUUAAUUAAACCAAAUUCUUUAAAAAAUUUAAUUAAUCUAUAAUUAAAUUAUGAAAGCAGAUAAUUAUUUACUUAGGUAACCUUAAUCAAAGCUUAGCCUUAUCUCGAUAUUUAAACAAUUCAUUUAUAUUCACAUUCUUUAACUAAAAGUAUUUAGUAUAAAGGAGUUGUUCGAAAUUCAGAUUUUAUUCGUAUUUCUGAAUUUUUUAAUUUGCUAUUAAGUUAAGAACAGUUAAAUUUAUUGACAUUAGAUAUAUUUUAAAUAAUAGAAAUCCUUUUAGGAGAUCAGAUAUAAUAAAAAAGCAAAUUAAAAUAAGAGGAAGAAAGUAUUUUGAAUAAUUUUAAAAAAUAAAUUGUUUAAAUCUUAAAUAAGUAAAGCAAAUUCGUUACUAUAAAUUAAUACUUAAUUUAAGAAUUCGAAAUGUUAGAUAAAUUGUAUGAAUUGACAUUUUAAAUUUAUUUUUCAAUAGUUUAAAAAUUAAGAAUUGAUUCAAAAAAAGAUGUAGAAUUAAACUCAUUAUAAAUUUAUUUUGAUUAUUUUUCACCUUAAAUUUAAAUAUAAGUUGGAUAAUUUUUUAUUUAAAAAAUACUAAAUUUAAUAAGUUAAAAUGAUAAGGAUACUAUUUUAAUUCACUUACUAUUAAAAUUUUUAAAUUAAUUGUAUGUAAAUCAGCAAAUAAAAGACACGAUUAAAGAAACCUUAACAAUCUAUUUUUUAGAUGUAUUUAAAAGUAUAAUUUUAAAAAAGUAGUAGUCAGAUAUUUUGGUUAUGAAUCUUAUGAAAUUUUAGGAUUUUGCUUUAUUAAUGAAAAACUUGAUGGCUCUUUCUAUAAAUAAAAAAUAAAGUUCUUCAGAAUUAUUCUCAUAUUUUACUAUAUAUUUAAUUGAGAUAUACCCGACGUGCACAAGUGAAAUUUUAUAUAGAGUUCAUAUUUAGAGUAAUUUAUUUAACAAGGAUAGUUUUAAUUCAUUUUUAGAGGCAAUAUAUCCAAUAAUAAUAUCAUUUUAUGCCUUAAAAUAAGUGCAAUAAUUUUAAAGUUAAGAGGAUGAAAGAAAAUUAAUUAAUAUUAUAAUUGCAUAUUUACAUAUUGAAUAAUGUUUUGGAGAGAUAUCAGAUCUUGAAUUUGUAAAUUGGAAUCUUUACUCUUAGAUAAUAGAUAAAGGGAUUGAUUUAUUUAAUUAUUUAGGUAUCUUGUUUUAUGAUCGUAAUUUUUAUAUUCCAGGAAUUGAUGAUACUUUUAUAUGGGAAGAAGUAAAAUUAGAUUAUGAAAAAUAAAGAAAAUAAAAUAUUAAAAUUUUACCUAAUGGAGGUAUCAAAAGAUUAAUGAGAUAAUUAAUUGCUCCAUUUGUAAAGAUUCCUUAAAUGAAAAAACCAAUAAAAAAUUAUUUAUCUAUUAAUACAAUAUAUCCUGAAAAUUGUAUAAUUGAUUAAUAGAGUUUUCAAAGAAUAAAGAAAUUAUUAGAUAAAGAAUUUUAGAUUCCUUUAUUGUAAACCUAUUAAUUUGUAAAAAAAAACUAUCAUUAAUUAUUUGAAGAUACUGGAUUAUCAUUAAAGAUUUAAAAAUAAAAAAAAGAAGAAAAGAAAUAAAGAAUAAUAAAUCAUUCAAAGUUUUAUUAGAUGUUAAUUUAUUAUGCUAUUUCUUAAGAUAGUUUUCUUAAUGAAACAUAAAUUAAUAAGUAAGAAUAUCUUAUAUAAUUUAGUCUCCAAGAAAUAUUUGGAGAUUAUCAAUUAAAUAAAUUAAUAGAUUGGAAAAAUGCAAAUCACAUUCCUAUAGAAUCUCUUAUAUAUUAAUAAGAUGAAACAUUAGAGUAGAUUUUUCUAGCUUUUAAUUCAUUAAAUAUUCAUAAGAAACUUAACUAUUAAAAUUAGAAAUAAUUAUAAAAUAUUUGUGAUUUAUCUUAAAUAGAUUUAAUAAGAGUUGAGACAGCAAAUACAAUUUAAUAAAGUAUAUUUAUGGAUUUUCAAAUAUAUUACUAAUUUGUUCAUAAAAUUUGGUUAAUGUACCCAAAAAUAGUUUAUCCUUAACAAAUUACAAAAUCUUAAAGAAAUUUAUCAACAAAUCAACAUUCAUCCUUUUCUGAAAUGAGUUUACCAUUAUAUAGAGAUUCUGAGAAAAACCUUUGGGAAUUGGAAAGCCUAUAUCUUAAGUAAAGAUAAGGGUUAUGGUAUUUUGUAGAUGAUUAUCUAUAAAUACUUUAUUAAGAAUUAAAUAAUUUCAUUUCCAAUCAAGAAUUUAAAUUUGAAGUUUUAGAUAAUAUGUAAAUGAAGAUGUAAGUUAGCAAUUUAGAAGAUUUAACAAGGAGAAGACCACAUUUAACUGAAACAAAGAUGAAAAAUAUUUAUAAACCUUAUUUAAAAUCAAGUAAUUAACUUAUUAAGAAAUAAAUAAUAACUCCUGAAGAAUCAAGUAGUAUUGAUAAAAGUAAAUCCAUUUUUAAUACAUCCUUUACUAUAUUAUUAUAAAAAUCUGAUAAUAUUGAAGAAUCAUUAAGUCAAAGUAUUAUAAAGAGAUCAAAUAGAAGAUUAUCUAUAAAAUCAGAUUAAUUUGUGUCGAAUUAGAUGAAUUUGACUAUUAGCAGUAUUAGAAAAGGAUCGACAGAUAGUUAGUAAUUAAAUGCUGUAAAAUAUUAUUGUGAAUAUAUAACUUAAGAAAUGACCUAUUAGGGUGUUUUAAGAUUUAAUGAAAAGAAUUAAACUCUUAUAUUUAAAUCUGAAAAAAAUGAAUUUAAGGAAAUAUUUUCUAGUCCUGAGAUUAAACAUACUACAGAAGAUAUCUUUUUUGAAAUUUAAAUUAAUUAAAUUGUGAAUGUUCAUCCUAAAAGGUUUUUAUUAAAAGAAAUUGCAAUUGAGAUUUUUGUUCAUAGAUAGAAUUACUUUUUGAAUUUCUUUAAAAAUGAAAAAUAAUAAGAAUUUAUAUAAGAAUUAAAAAGGAAGAAAAUUUAAGUAAUAGAUCCAAUUGAAGAAUUUAAGAAAAGGAAUUAUCAAUAGAAUUGGGUUGGAGGACAUUAUUCUAAUUUUGAAUAUUUAAUGAUAGUAAACACUUUUUCAGGAAGAACAUAUAAUGAUUUAAGUUAAUAUUUUAUAUUUCCAUGGGUAAUUUCAAAUUAUAGAUCAUAAUAAAUUGAUUUUAGUUGGAGAAAUGGAAGUAAUACAUUAAGAGAUUUAAAAUUACCAAUGGGUGCAAUUUCAAAAAAGCCUGAAUAAAUAUUAAAAGAGUAUAAGGAAAGAAACUUAGAAGAUAUGGAUGAAAAUUUCAUGUAUGGUUCACAUUAUUCAAAUGCAGCUAUUGUUUUUAAUUAUUUAAUAAGAUUAGAACCUUUUAAUGAGUUGCAUUUUUCAUUAUAAAAAAGUAAUAUAAUAAUUUAUUAAUAGAUAAAUUCGAUGUAGCAGAUAGAUUAUUUUAGAGAAUGGAUAUAUUAUGGGAAAAUAGUAUAAAAUAAGAUAACAAAGAAUUGAUUCCAGAAUUCUAUUAUAUGCCUGAAUUUCUAUAGAAUAUGUAAUAUAUAUAUAUUUAAUAUAUAGAAAUUUGUUUGAUUUUGGAACAUCAUAAACAAAGAAAAAAGUCUCUGAUGUAGAAUUACCAAAAUGGGUUAAAACAUAAACAGCAGAAGAAUUUGUUUAUAGAAUGAGAUAAGCAUUAGAAAGUGAUGCAGUAUCCGAAUAAUUAAAUCAUUGGAUUGAUCUAAUUUUUGGAAUCAAUAAUAAUGGAUAAAAAGCAGUUGAAAAUUUGAAUGUCUUUCAUUAUUUAACUUAUGAAUAGAAUUUAUAAAUCAUGUUAAGUAAAAAUGAUGAUAAUUAAAUUAUUCAAUCAUAUUUAACAUAAGUUUAUUAUUUCGGUUAAACACCAAAAUAAUUGUUUUAAAAAGCACAUUUAAAAAAGAAAUAAAGUUUAUAGAUUUUUUCAAAUUAAAUUCCAUUUUUUGGAGAUAACCCAGAAAAAUCAAAUAAAGGAUUUGUUAUUUAAUAAAAAAUAGAACAUAAUAAGAUUGAUAAAUAAGAAAUUCUUGGUUUUUAUCCAUAUUCUAAGAAAUGUUUUUAUAUUUUAAAAGCUGAUGAUGAUAAAUAUAAUCAUUUAAGAUUAAUGGAAGCAAAGAAUACAUCAGAUGAUGGAUACAUUUAUUAUCAUUGUGCAAUAAAGUAAUAAAUAAAAUUACCUGAGAUAAAAAUAGAUGGAUGUAAUCCAUAAAAUUUAUUUACAUUUAUUUAUGAAUAAGAAUUUAAAUUUGGAGAUGGAUAUGAUUCAUAAUCACAUAGUAUUUAUGAAGAGAAAUAGGAUUAUAAUUUAUACUUUUGUUUGGUAGGAUUUAUAGAUAAAAGUGUUAAGAUUUAUGAUUUAAGAAAAAAAUUAGUAGAAGUUAAAAUAGAUAUUUCUUCUUAAAAUAAAAAAAGAUAAAAAAGAGCAUCUUGUGUUAGAUAUCAUGCUUUAACCAAAAUUUUAGCAAUUGGAUCAUUAGAUGGCUUACUUCAAUUAUUUAAAAUUCAAUUCAGUUAAUAAAUGUAAGCAAAUAUAAUUCUUACUAAGUAAUUACAAUAUGGAAUUAUAUGUAUUGAUAUCACAGAUUUACAUAUUUUAAUAAUAGAUGAAAAGAACAUAGCAAAUCUAUUCACUUUAGAAGGAGAGUAAUUAUUAAAUAAUAUAAAUUAUAGAUUAUUGCUUACAAUAUAAUUAGACAUAACUGAUAAAAUUUAACAAUGCUGCAUUUAAAUUAAUUUUCUCAUUUUUAAGAGUUUAAAUUCUUAAAUUAGUGUAUAUACCUUAAAUGGAAAAUAAUACCUUUAGACUGAAUCAUUAUUGGAUACAGUAUCUAAAAACAUUGUGUUUACAACUCCAUUUUCUUCUAAAUUUGUAUAAAUAAUAUUUAUAUAUUUAGUUGAUAUUUGGGUUGAAUUAACAUAUGGAAGAAAGCUUAAAUCAAUAUGAUCCUGUUAUUUAUUGUUUUGAUAUAUUUGAUUUAAAGUUGUAGUGUUAGUAAUUAGGGGGUCUAAUUUGUGAUAAAAUAUCAAUAAAAAAGGGAUAUUAGAAAGGAAGUGGAAUAUCUGCACUUCACAUAUGUUUUGAUCGUUGCCCUUUAACAGAGAAAAAUUAAUUAAAACAUAUAUAUUUAGUAGCAAUUGAUACUUAAAUUUUAUUUUAUAUGGAUGAAAUAUUUGGUAUUAUUUGAUUAAUAUAAGACUAGAUUAAAGACUUAUACUAAAAUAAAUAUUGAAAGAAGGAGGAAUCUCUGCUUAUUGA